AUGGCUACAGAAAACGGAGCAGUUGAGCUGGGAACCCAGAGUCUGUCAACAGAACAAACACCUAAAGACGCAGCAGGUGAUAGAUCUCCAGCUUCAGAGAAAGAACCCAGCCUCCCAGACACAGAGAAAGACCUGGGCCCCACUAACGCGAAGAAAGACCCUGGCGCGCCGGAUCCAAAGAAAAAUCCAGAUCCACCCUCCCUGAAGAAAACUCCCGAAGCCCCUGGUCCAGAGAAAAAGGGUGACUCGGCCCCAGCUUCAGCCAGCAACCAGGGCCCUUCAGGAGAGGGUGAUGAAGGUGGGGGCCCUGCUGAAGGCGGUACGGGGCCUCCUGCAGUCUUGCCCCAGCCCACUGCCACAGCUGAUGCCAGCAUCCAGAAGCUGGACGCCACGCAAGCGCCCUCGGGCAACCAGCAAUCUGGAGAGGCCAAGGCAGGCAAGAAGGCAGCAGAAUGCCGAGAAGCAGGACGAAGGGGCUCACCCGCCUUUCUUCACAGCCCUAGCUGCCCCGCGAUCAUCUCCUGUUCUGAGAAGACACUGGCCAUGAAGCCCUUAAGCGAGACAACAGAGCUCAUCUUUGCAGGGGUGUCUGAAACCCCUGAUCCCCAAGAUCCUGGUCCAGCUAAGGCAGAAGGAGGGACGAACACGCUGGCAGAGCGGAAAGAAGAGGCAGAGGCAGGCCAGGCUGAGCAGGCUAAGGUGCAAGGGGACACCUCCCAGAGGAUCGGGUUCCAGGCUGUUCCCUCAGAGAGAGCAGAGGUGGGGCAGGCCCUCUGUCUCACUGCCAAGGAGGAAGACUGCUUCCAAAUUCUGGAUGAUUGUCCGCCACCCCCAGCCCCCUUCCCACACAGGAUCGUGGAGCUGAGGACCGGAAAUGUCAACAGUGAAUUCAGCAUGAACUCAAAGGAGGCAUUGGGAGGUGGCAAGUUUGGAGCAGUGUGCACCUGCACGGAGAGAUCCACAGGCCUCAAACUGGCAGCCAAGGUCAUCAAGAAACAGACCCCCAAGGACAAGGAAAUGGUGUUGCUGGAGAUCGAGGUCAUGAACCAGCUGAACCACCGCAAUUUGAUCCAGCUGUACUCAGCCAUUGAGACCUCGCACGAGAUCAUCCUGUUCAUGGAGUACAUUGAGGGCGGCGAGCUCUUUGAGAGGAUCGUGGAUGAGGACUACCAACUGACGGAAGUGGAUACCAUGGUGUUCGUCAGGCAGAUCUGCGACGGGAUCCUCUUCAUGCACAAGAUGAGGGUCCUGCACCUGGACCUCAAGCCAGAGAACAUCCUGUGUGUGAAUACCACCGGGCACUUGGUGAAGAUAAUUGACUUUGGCCUGGCAAGGAGGUAUAACCCCAAUGAGAAGCUGAAGGUGAAUUUUGGGACCCCGGAGUUCCUGUCACCAGAGGUGGUGAACUAUGACCAGAUCUCUGACAAGACGGACAUGUGGAGUCUUGGGGUGAUCACCUACAUGCUACUGAGUGGCCUUUCUCCCUUCCUGGGCGACGAUGACACGGAGACCCUAAACAACGUCCUGUCUGCGAACUGGUACUUUGAUGAGGAGACUUUUGAAGCUGUGUCAGACGAGGCCAAAGACUUCGUUUCCAAUCUUAUCACGAAGGACCAGAGUGCCAGAAUGAGUGCUGAGCAGUGCCUCGCCCACCCCUGGCUCAACAACCUGGCAGAAAAAGCCAAGCGCUGCAACCGUCGUCUCAAGUCCCAGAUCCUGCUUAAGAAAUACCUCAUGAAGAGGCGCUGGAAGAAAAACUUCAUUGCUGUCAGCGCAGCCAAUCGCUUCAAGAAGAUCAGUAGCUCGGGGGCACUGAUGGCUUUGGGGGUCUGAACCCCAGGAGCAGCUAAAGCCUGGAUGCAGCUGCGCAGUGGUCAAGGCUGAAACCACACAGCUCAGAAGGCCAGAGAGAGCCGGCCAGAUCUCUAGAGCAGGCUGGUCAGGACAAAGCUGCACCAGGCCCGGAGACUUGGGGCUCCGCAGGUCCUUAGGCUUACCGCUUCCCCUACGUGAACAUGGAGUGUGGCCUGGAAUCCAUCUUGCUACCGCCUCCUCAGCAGGGCUGUGGCCUGUCAGCCCCACCCAGACUCCAAGGACAGCCAGGCCAUUCCCUAGUCUCUCCCUAGCUUGCCCCUUUGAACUGCUGCCCCGUAGCCUUUUCCUUGCCCCACCUGGGGCACCCUUGCCUGGAGCGGGAUGGCCGGGGGUCCAGCAGGUGGGCUGCUGUGGUGGUGGA